AACCCGUCCACAACUCAGCGACGAGUAUACAAUAAACUCAUCAAGAGAAGAACAAAUCGAGCUCAGAAAGACUAGGUCAGAAGACUCGUGACUCCGGAGUCGCAGGAUGCACACGCGUUUCUAGAGUGUGCAGACGUAUGAAGGUGUAUAUCUAGAAGUGUGCGAAGCAAGACCCAAGAGCGAUUGUAGUCAAUCAAUCGUAUUGAGCCGGCGGACCUCGUGGGUCAGCCUGUACGGUCGACGAGCUAGCGAGCGCGUUCGCGGGACGUCGAACCCAGUCUAGUACAAAAUGGACGACUUCCUGAAAUAUGGAAGUCCUGGAGGAAGCGAUGAGAGCGAUGAUAUGGAAGAGCAGGACGACGAGAUCGAGCAGGUGCAGGAUGAUGAGAAUGAGGAGCAACCGGACAUGGAUGUCGAGGACGAUGACGACGACGACGACGACGAUGAUGAUGAUGACGAUGAAGAUGACGAGGAUGAAGAUGAUGCGGAGGCGGAAGAUGAGGAUGAGAAGGAUGCGUUGAACUUGGCCAAGUCGCUGGAGGAGCCAGGCGAAGCCGAGGAUGACGAUGAGGAUGCAGAAGGAGAUGAGGACUACGAGGAGGAUGAGAGCGAUGCUGAUAUGGAAGAUGCGGAAGGCGAAGAUGAGGAGAAGGAUGACAUACCCAAAGCUCCUCAAGAACCUACCUCGGCUGAACAACAACGCCGUUCACUAUUCUUCACCCCCGAUGUCCCACACCGAUCCUAUGCUAUCGAUCCUAUAUGCGCGCUACCGCAUCCAGAAAAAACCCAUACAAACUGUCUCGCUGGCUCGCUGUGCCUUACACACCUCCUCAGCGGUUCAGACGACGGGUUCGUUCGAGACUAUGACUUCUUUGGUGGCGUGAACGGGGAGAGCUUGCUCACCUCCCAGCAAAGGCAGUAUUGUGGUCUCGGAGAGGGGGUCACGAAGGGCGGAGUUAUGCGUUCGUGGUGGACGAACUCGUCUUCCGAUGGGCCGGACAAACAAUCUCUGCCAGUACACUCGCUCAUAUGCCAAAUGGACGCGUUAUGGGGCCUUUCCGGUACAUCGAAUGGCCAUGUGAACCUAUUCACUAUAAGGCACGAUCCGGGGAACAUCCACUAUGUUUUUAAGGGACAUUUGGAUAGCCCAGUAUCGUGCCUGGCGAUGUCACAUGAUGAGAAGUCGUUCUUCAGCGGAGGAUGGGAUCAUCAAACCUUCCAAUGGGAUUUGAAUACUGGCCAGAUUGUUCGCCCGUUCCAGCGACGAAGACAAGAAGAAGGGCGACAGCAAGGCAGUCAGAUGACCGUAGUGGCCCUGCGACCUGAAGGAGCGAGUGUGUUUAGUUCACCAGGAAGUAGCCUGUUAGAAGAAGAGGAAAUGCCGGCCGGCGCGCCUCAAGGAAACGCGGGUAUAGCAGCACUUACACCAGCUGAAGAGCCUGGAAAGGACGGACCGGAAUCGAACCCCCUAGUGAACGGGAUAACGACAAACGGAGCUGUACCUAAUCUUCAAGCUGACGCUUCUGUGCCUCCUGCCGAUGCCAACGCGGAAGACAACGAAUUUGAUCCGUUAUUUGAUGCGGAGAUGGACGACAAUUCGGACGCCGACGCGGAUGCCGAGCCAGAUCCCGAUCAUCAGCCCCCAGGCGCUCAACCACAAGCUGUUUCGCAAGCCACACAGCCUACGCCACAAGUCAACGGCAUGGUCAAUGGCCGAAGUAAUGCCACGGUCAAUGGACAUGGCCGAGGUCCAGGGGGAGAUGAUUCUUCCGACGAGGACGCGACGGAUUUGCCAACGACAGCGCGCUUUUUCACGAACGUUCAGGCACAGGCAAGUAGUCAGCUGACGGCUGCAACAUACCCGCUCCUUGGACCGGCGCAAUAUGCGAAUUUCUCCAGCAAUGUGCUGAUGACCGCUUCCGUCGAUGGGCAGGUGUUGCUCUGGGAUACCAGAGUCCCUAACUCUGUCGGUCGGCUGGAGAUGCACGAGCGGACUCCGAAGUGGUGCAUAUCCGCAUGCUGGUCCCCAGAUGGCCGGUAUAUAUACGCGGGUCGCAGAAACCAGUCUGUCGACGUGUGGGACCUCCGUGUUCUGGGUCGCAGAACAGGGACGGGUGCUCCGAGGGUAUUGCGUACGAUACGCAAUCCAGACGAUUCUGGACCUGUAUCGUGCGUGGCUGCAUUCCCGGACGGCGACCACAUCGUGACUGCAUCCAAGGACAACAUCCGAUUAUGGAAUGUUCGAACCGCCUUUGACGCCGACGUAAAUCCCUCCACUCGGCGAGCUGGGGUGCAGUUCAAGAUCAUCGCUGGCCAUCACGAUGGGAUUGUCUCCUCCAUAUUGAUCGAUGCCACGUCCAGAUUCAUGAUCACUGCGAGCGGUGACAGGGGCUUUAAUCUCGGCGAAAGCUCGCGGACGGUAUUGGUCCAUGAAGUCACCCCGAUUUCAUAG